CUCAAUAAAUUCUAAUUCUAUAACCACAUGAUUUUCAUCACACGGCUGUUAAAACCCAGACCCUAUAUCACAUUUUGAAGCCAUUGCCGCUAUAAAGAAUUGGAAAUAGCCAGAGGGAUAGAGUCAUGGAAGAGAUAAUGGAGGUGAAGAAGAAGCAGAAGCUAAAUAGUUUGGCUUUGGGAAUGGUGAUUCUACUGAUGUUAUGGUCAUCGAUGGCUACACCAGCUCUGGGGUGUUCCUCUAAUGGCAGCGGUGGUGGUAGUAAUAAGAACGGGUGUAAAGACUGCCUCGUUGAUCAAAUGAAAUACGGUUGUCCCCGGUGCGUGCCGCUUCUGCGCUGCAUGGCGCGGUGCAUGUGGGGAGGAGCCUCCAGGUCGAGAUGUAUCAACCGCUGUGAUUGCAACGGUGGGAAGCCGAGUCUUUCGGAUUGCAAGAAAUGCAUGUCGCGGUGCAAGUGCAGUUGUGUUGCUUGAAUCCAUCUUUUUAAUCCAAAGUAUGCUUCUAUAAUUAGUUGGGUUUUAUAUUGUAAACUAUUUCCAUUAUCCAUGAGU